AUGGAAGUGGCAGAUCAAUGGCGGCGCGAGUGGGCUGGAGCCGCCGAAUAUGGAAAGGUGACAGAAGGUGGCGUUACGCGGCGCAUUGCGCGUGCGAUGGAGGUGUUGCACGCCAGCGGGCCGGGCGCGCGCGUGCGCGUCAUGCGUGCUGCUUACCACUCAUCCGCCGCUCCAGGUGCACCCGCUGCUUCUUUCAUGUUACAUUCUUCACGAAGAGUAAUAUCCUCCGGUUAUAAUUUACUGGAGUCCCCGUCAUCACCCAUCAAACCUUUGGAAAUAUCAUCCACACCGUUUGAUUCGUCACCUGAACCACACACUGAAGUAGAAAAUUACAAAGUAACUGAACCAGACGACUUCGAAAUAUCGGAACCUUCCAAAUGGCGAGGUUCUACCAAAGGAAGUUCCAUUCGUAUGCCAAGUGAAGAGUCUUCGUCAACGGACAAUGCUAGUAUUAUCGACCUUGACUCUAGACUUGGCAGGAAUCUCCACAGAAAGUAUUCCUACGACUCAGAAAAUAGUGAAUUACAAUUUAGUAGUAGAAAUACUAGUCGGAACUCGCCACUACUGGACACGCCUGUUACUUUAAGUACUCUUAAAUACAAAUCCCUCUUGAACAGCAGUAACGACUGGAACUCGAGAAGGAAAAGUUAUAGCUUCGAAGAUACUUCCCCUCUAAACGAGACGAUUACACACAGUAACGACACAUUAGCCAUGGAAUCCUCCACGGAUAGUGGUAUUUGCAAAUCAACAGAAGUUGUCAACGAUCAAAUGGAUGACAACUCACAUACACGGUACUUGUACAGAGAUGAUAGAAAGACGACCUCUAAUGAGGAAUCCUUUAAAGAUUGGUUAUCUAAAAAUCGACCGACUUCGCACUACAGAGGAACCAAAUUCAAGACUUAUCGAGAACAUGACAUAGUUAUGGAAGAUCCUUCAGAAAAUAAUAUAACUGUACAAUCAUCUGGAAAAGUAUGCAUAAACUUGCCAAUUACUUUAGAAGCCGAUAGCGAAGAGUAUCCUAAAAAACAUCAGCUGAAUGAAGAAGGUGACAGAAGAAUUAAAAAAGUAGAAUUCUGUAAAACAGAGGUGCAUUUUGCAGCAGAAUCUGGAAAAGUCAAUAUAAUUGCCACGGAUGAGAAACCUCCUCCUUCAAAUGAUUUUAGAAAACGAAGAAGUGCCUUUGUACCCAUGCAGGACAUGAUGGAGAAACCGAUGAUAACAUUGUUUGGUGAUAAAAACGAUUUCCCUUCAAUAAAUGGAGUUGGCGCUCCUUUAAAUGUUAGUGGUAGUGAGUUUGGUGAAUCCGAUGAGAAUACAGCAGCUACAAAAAGUAUUCUCAAAAAUAAAAUUCCGAAACCCAAACCAUAUCUUUUAGGAGAGAACAUGGCAUUUGGGAUGUCUGAUGAUGUUAUGAAUAAUGAUGCUUCAAAUGAUUCUGUGCUGUCAGCAGUUUCUUUGGUGAAUAAGCAAUUAAAAUCUGAAAAUUACUACAAAUCUGAAGUGAAACCUAUGUUUCCACGAGAAACAGAUGAUUCUAUACUAAAGCCCACCGCCUUACGGACAACUAAAGCAGGUCCUACAAAAGAAGAUAGUUUAAAACGUGAGAAGAAAGUGGUUACAGAUAUUAAAAUCAGUAAAGCAACAGAAAACUGUAUAGAGAACGUUAAAUCUAAAUUUAAUAGUUUACAUAUGACACCGUCUCAGAGAAAACCUAAAACCAGACAGCUGCGGGACAGCGAACUAACAUACUUUGGUGUUGAUAAUAGCACCAAAACUAAUUCGUAUAAAAACAAAACUCAGUUGAAAAGUUCACUAGGACGCAAUGACGACGUCAUUGAAAACAUAUUUCAAUCUGUCAAACUAAUACAACAAGUCGCAAACAGCGUGUGUAGUGAGCCCGAUUCUGAUGAGACGCCUGAGUACCAGAAUAUACCGUUAAAUAUGAACUAUGCUCCAGUACCAACCCCAAGAGUACGAACAAAUUAUGAAGAUAAACCCAAAGAAGAAAUACAUGAAAUUCAGGUUUUCCAACCAGUUCUUGAAAAAGAAAGCCAAAUAGUAAAAGAUGUGACUACGCGACGAACCAGAUACCGCAGACAGGACGAAGUAACAACCACAAGAAGUAUUUCUGCGCCUCCGAAAUCUUUGAGACGUGAUGCAGUUGAAAAGUCGGAUCAACAAGAACAUCAAUCACCACGUACCUCAACUCGUUCCAUAAAAGAAAAGAAAAACAGCGUAGAAAAGUUAAAUUCGACCAACGAACACAAUUCGUCGGACGAAAACCCGAUAUAUGUUAAUUUGAAAGUUAACAUAGAAAAAAGAAAUUCUCAAGAGAAUCGAGAUAUCAAAAAACUGAAAACAAAUUCGCUUAACACACGUCAGAGAAAAACACAUAAAACAGAUUCAAGUAGGAAUAAAAACGAAAGUGUAACAGACGUACUUUCUGAUCUCAGUAAGAGUAAAAUCAAAGAACGCCGAUCAGAUUCCGGAACUGAUAGCAGUCUUAGAACCAAAGAGUCUGGUAAUAAAGAUAGUUAUUUACGUUCCGCCUAUAAAGACAGUCUCUCGAGAAGAGCCGAGAAGAGUGAUAGAAUACGUCAAGCUGGAGAUUACAGAGGAAAGUUGCACGAGGAACACAACACAUCUGAACGUGUCCGUAAGUCUCGGGAAGAUAAAUGCUCAAAAGAGCAUAAAUCUACUAUGGAAAAUAAAGACCACAGGAGCAAAUCAUUGCAAAGACCUUCUUCGAAAGUGUCGGAAGAAACACCCCGUGAUUUGGUAAAGAAAUCAGACCAUCCAAAAAGCAGUCUUGAUCGUAAUCACGGCGUAGAUAGUAGUCGUAAGAGAAACUCUUCUAGAGAUAAAUCUACGAAAGAAUCCAUAAAACCAUCCCAAAAAGCUGAUUUAAGUUACACAGUACUUAUUCCUUCUAUACAAUCGAAGAAUAACACGAAAGACUAUUCAACGAAGACGAACAGUAAAACACGUGAAAACUCGCGCAGAGAAUAUGUUAUAAAUUAUGAUGACAAAAACGGGACAGUUUCGUCUAUCUGUAAAAUAACACCAAGUCUGGGUACACCAAAACGAAAGAAAACAACAAAAGAAAUAUUCAGAGAUAGUCAAAAUGAUAAAACGUUUAAAAAUAAUAAUGUACACAAGAUUGCCCCGCUGCAGCUAGAGGAUCAUCAAGAGGAUCGAAACGGACUGAGUUAUGCAGAUAGGAAGUGGAAGACGAAAGUACAUGUACAAAGGUCUUGCCAAGUAUUGUAG